AUGCAGGCCCUGCUCCUCCUCUUGGUCCUUCUCUUGCCUUCUGAAGCUGGAGCUGAGGAAAUUAUCGAUGGUGUUGAGUCCAAUCCACACUCCCGCCCCUACAUGGCCUACCUGGAAAUCACCACCGACGGAGGCUACCUCGCCAGUUGUGGCGGGUUUCUCAUAACUCAGCAGUUUGUGGUGACUGCUGCUCAUUGUAAAGGAAGGGAUAUUACUGUCAUUCUUGGAGCUCAUGACGUGACCAAGAAGGAAUCCACACAGCAGAAGCUGAAAGUCCAAGAACAAAUUGUUCACCCAGAUUACAACUUCUUCACCAGCCUCAACGACAUCAUGUUACUGAAGCUUAAAAGGAGUGCUAAGCUGACUAUUGCUGUGAACACAGUUCCUCUGCCCAACCGGUUUAAGUUUAUUCGACCCGGGAGAAUGUGCCGGGCAGCUGGCUGGGGGAAAACCGGGGUGACAGAUCCAACGUCAGAUACUCUGAGAGAGGUGAAGCUAAGAAUCAUGGAUAAAGAGACCUGUAAAGACUACCAUCAUUAUGAUUAUGACUUCCAAGUCUGUGUGGGCAGUCCCAGCAAGACAAGAUCAGCAUACAGGGGAGACUCCGGGGGACCUCUGCUGUGUGCUGGGGUGGCCCAUGGCAUUGUGUCUUAUGGACGUAGAGAUGCAAAGCCCCCUGCUGUCUUCACUCGCAUCUCCCCAUAUGUGCCCUGGAUUAAUAAAGUCAUAAGGGAAAGUAGUGAAGAAGCCUUGUCAGCCUAA